UAUUCUGGACAUAUCCGUAGCCCUGAUCAACCUAUAAAGAAACGGGCCAGUCUAUUUAUAGAAUAGCUGAUUUCGACAUGCGCAUUAAAGUAUAAACGCAUUCAAUGUUGUAGAUUUGUUUGGUUUAAAAUGGCUGAAAUGAGCCCAGGAAUAAGAAAAUAACACAGAUAGUCAGAUAAAACUGUGAACGUAAUGGCACAUCAGCGCCAUUUAGAGAAGACAAAAUACAGACAAUGGGUGAAGGCCGGGCUUGGAUUGACAUAUCUGACAGAAGGAAUAGCACCUUUUUGUGAAGACAUCGCAGAACUCCAACAUAAAGACAUCUUAGACAACAUUAAACAAACAAAGAGUCUAUCAGCAGUAACAUGUGGUCAAUGCAGCUGGACGACACUUAGACCUGACCAUGCAAAAGGAGGAAACAGAUCAUGUACGUUAGGUCAAAGAAAUUGCAACUGCUGCAAUCCUGCUGGUAAAAUUACUUGCCCAAACAAAGUAUGUGGCGCCAUCUAUGAUGCAGUUGUAACAAGCCACGGAUUUACACCGCCAGCGCCUUAUUGGAAAAACACUGAGACACAGCAUUGGUGCACAGACCCAUGGUCUAUCGCUAAAUGUUUCAUCAAUGCCCCCGGAUACGACAAGAAAACAUCAGCAGCCGAUAUCGACUGCAUCGGGUUACUACACUUGAUUCGGAACAACCAGUAUUUUCACAAUCAUGUCCAAUGCACAAUUACUCCAACUGACGUCUUCUUAAAGGUAAUAGCGGACAGGAACGAGAUAUUUCACUCAAGUACAAUGGAACUAGAAGAAACAGAAGCAAAUAGUUACAUAGAUGAUAUGAUAGCUGUUCUUCAAGAUGGUAAGGAGUUGAACAAUCGACAGGAUGCUAAAGACGCUGUGAAGAAACUUGAAGAACUCAAGAACAAAGGCUUCGUCAUUACUACUGAAAAUGAAGCAAACAUUCUCAGAGUUGUCACUGAAGAAAUUAGAGGUAUGUUAGAGAGAUUUGAAAAUAAAACAGAAGAUCUAGCAACAAAGGCAGAGUGUGAUAGACUUCGAAAACAACUCUCAGAACUAACAUCGGUCAUAUCGGAACUAAAAAAGGAGAUGAAAAGACUCAAGGCAGAUGUUUCGUCUCAACAAGAACCUCCUGAUUAUGAGCGGUCCAAACUAGAGUUACAGACAAGGUUGAUAGAGUUUUACAGAGAAAAUAUACUACGCAUGUCUGCACUUCCACAACAACAAGAGAGUAAUCUUUGUGACUUUAAAGAUGUAUACGUUAGAACACGAAUGGUGAUUGAAUCAAAAGAUGAAUUAAAUAAUGAACCAAAGCUUGAAGAUGUUCGAUCGAUGUCUGAUAUUUUUGCAAAAGAUGGUAAACCUAUGAAAUCCAUCUACGUUCUCGGAGAAGCAGGAUCCGGUAAAAGUUGCUUCUGUAAAAGUUUAGUAAAUUAUUGGUGUUUGGCACAUUCUGACGGACAAAAUAUUGAAGAUGAGUUCAGUGGGGUCAGGGAAAUGAAGAAAUUUAAUUUUGUGUUUCUCCUUCCUCUCCGUCAUUAUAUAGAUAAGAUGAAAAUCAAAGAAAUGCUUGAGGAAAAGUACGAGCACCCUGCUCUUAAGAAGCUUCUUGAAUGUGAGUCUCGAACUUGUCUCGUUAUUCUUGAUGGUCUUGAUGAAUGGGCUCCCCAAGGGUCAAAGUGUCCUCCUGAACGCGGCGCAUUGAAGGAAUAUACCGUCAUAACUAGGUCACGAUCAUGGAAAAUUGCUACGUUAGGAAUAAGCGAUAAUGAGAUACGACAAAAGAUUAGUCUUAAAGGGUUUGAUGAUAAAACAACUGUAAAGAACAUGAUUAAAAAGACGGUCCCAAUAUUGAACAAAAUAUUUAAGAAAGAUAAAGUUUCAAGUGACUGUGAAAAGGCGCUUAAAAAUAAAUCAGUGGCAAGUCUAAAACAUACAGCAAUUACGCUGAAACAGUUGAUUUGCCUGUGGUAUGACGAGAAACUUCAUGGUGGAACCUCAAGAUGUGCCCUAUACACAGAAAUGCUUGAUCUGUUCUUUGACUGGCAGAAGAAGAAAGACCCCGACGAUCCCCGAUUCAUAGAAAUGAUGAAACAAUCAGAAGACCUGCAAAAUGUAAAACUUCCUCUCUAUCUGAGACAUACAGAAGUCUGUAAAUUAUAUAGUUACAUCAUUCAUGACGUAUCGCGGCUAGCUUAUGAAACAUUGUUCAAUAACAUGAAAGAAACAUCUUUGUCAUUUGACAGUUCUACCUUCGAACGACUGAAAAUAACAAAUGAAGUUAAAAUCUGUUGUUUGAAAUUGGGAAUUUUGUCUGAAAAUAAAUGUCAAAGCCUGUCUGCAAGUAGAAAUCGAAGGUCGAUUAUUGCAUUUGUUCACAAGACAUUUCAAGAAUAUCUGGCUGCAAUAUAUAUUGCUAUCAAAUUCAACGCUCAUAUCGUAUCGUCGGCUGACUCGGGAAAUGAGGAUUUGUCUGAUAAGUGUGCGGCAUUUUUUCAAAGAGUUUUUUCCAAGUGCACUUCUUUGAACGACAUAUUAGAACAAGCAAAUGUAUUUAUUAUGCUAUGCGGUCUGGAGCCUCGAAUCGCUACAUCCAUUUCAAAGUAUAUAUACGAUAUUGUUACAACGGACAAACGUGUUCUAGACUACAGACGAACAAUAGAUAAUGAAUAUAGACAUAGAGAUCUUAUAUCAAAUGUCCAGGGAUGUAUUUUAAACUGUAUAGAAGAAGUACAAGCAUGUCAAACUCGUAUACAGUCUAACUUUUAUCUAGGUGACAUUUUGGUAACGCGGGCGUCACUUUGUGAUAAAUUCUGCUCAAGUGUUGAAAAACAAUACCUUUCUCCUGACAGUGUCAUUUCGCUUAGAACUGAUUCAUAUCAAGUGAAAAAGAACAUUGAAAGAGUAUGGAAAUGUUUGCAGAAAUGUCAGCAUAUUGAAGCAAUGCACAUUGAUUACGGUACAAGCAGUAAAUUUGAUGAUGAAGAGAUCAAUUCUAUCUGUGACGUAAUUGAAAGAAAUAAUUCAACAUUGAAAGCACUGUCUAUAGCUUUUUCCCUUCAGAAUAUUGGGAAACCUAUACAAAAAACUAUAGUCCGUCGUCUGCCUGAUAUGAGUAAUCUUGUCACAUUAAAUAUAGAGAAUCUCACUGUGCAACAUGAAGACUUUACCUCACUAUGCACUUUCCUAUCAGGUAACAGUCAUCUUGAACAAAUAUCGAUUUUCAAUACACGCUGUGAGGGCAGUACAGACAGUAUGCCCCGUAUGUGCUGGAAUCAACAUGAAGUAGAUUUAUCAGAGCAUCAACAACUACAGUACCUGAAGUGUUAUGACAAUGUCACUGUGACUCGCGUUAACACUUCCAACCUAGAAAUAUUUAAAUGUUUAUUAUUGAAGAACACAAAUUAUGUGAAAGUAUUAGAUAAUUUAAGUACAGCUUACAAAUUAGUUCAUUUGUGUUACGAUAUCAUUGGUUCAGAUCAACAUCAUUCAUAUCAUACUGUAACAGACAAAUGGAUCACAUUGUUGCCAUUAUUACACCAGCUCUGUAACCUUACUUUAAGUCGUUUUACAUUUACUGGCAAUAUAAUGAAAUUUCCCUCUGAGAUGAAGAGUAUGAAGAUCAUUGAACUUUUUGUAGUCAGAAUGAGCUUGACAACAUGGCGGCAGUUUGUUGAUAGUCUUCCUUUAGUGCCGCUAUCUGUAACGGUGGGAGUAGUGAACAUGUGUAUAACACGAGAUGGAGAGGAAUGUAACCCUGAUAUAGCCUGGUGGAGAGGAAGUGGAGGAGAAGAAGCAGCUGCACGGCAGUAUAUUAGACAAAAGGACGCGUUAUUUAAUGUGGAAUAUGAAAGUGGUUAUGAAUUUUAUUUUUCAACGAAGAAGUAGUAUAGUCAUCAGCAUAAAUCAUUACUGUUAUAAUACAGAUGACCGUGGGAGUUGUUGCACAUUUCAUAACCUCUUAUGAAUAGACUCAAUCAAACCGAGUCUGCUAUUAUUCUCCUUGGUUGCAUUAUGUGCCUCCAAAGGAUAUUUUUACAGAUUCUGUUAUUUUGUACUGAUAGUUACAAUAACGGAAGUGUGUCAAAGUUGUAGACAUACAUGUAACCAAUUUCUAGUGUUAUAUUUUAGAAGAGUAUAAUUACCAUGAGGUAAUUAAAAUUAAUUUUAUGUUUUGCUAAACUAUUUUAUUACUUGUUUUUUUUA